CGUUCAGGGACAGAUCAGGAGAGAAAUCUUCGAGGGAUCGGGUGAUGAGGAUGACGAAGAGGCUGCCCCCGCCCCACAGGUCCCCCAGCAGCCGGAGACCUAUGCCUCGGAAGAGGAGGAGGAAGAGUCCGAUGGUGAAGGAAGCUUCAUUGUGGAUGACGAUGGCAAGCCCAUCGCCAAGACAAAGAAGAAGGCCAUCUUUGAGGAUGAGGGUCUCGAGGCUGCAAGAGACAUCUUCGGUUGUGACUUCGACUACGGAGAGUUUGAGCAGUAUGAAGGGGGAGAGAGAGGCGGCAUCGUAGAAAGGAACGCAGGAAGCCUAUCAAGAAAUCCAUCUACGAGGUCUUUGAGCCUAGUGAACUUGAGCGAGGUCACCUCACAGACCAGGAUCAUGAAAUCCGCAAGUCGGACGUCCCUGAAAGGUUCCAGCUGCGGCAGAUCCCUGUAACACGCACAAGAGGAGAGGGUGACGACCGCGCUACAGACAAGGAGCUCGAUCAGGAGGCCAAGUGGAUAUAUCAUCAUGCAUUCUUCAAGCCUUAUAUAUCAAACCAGGAAGGACGUGAUGAAGCCAAGCUCCGUUCCCGCCGCGACAUGAACAUGAUUCAGAAGAUAUACAAUGCCCUAGAUCUGAUGAGGAAUUCCACUUGUGAGGUUCCCUUCAUUGCAUUCUACAGAAAGGAGGAAGUCCAGCCUGAGUUGAACAUUCACGAUCUGUGGAAGGUCUACCGAUGGGAUGAAAAGUGGUGUCAGUUGAAACGCCGAAAGGAGAACCUGCGGUCAAGGUUCCAGAUGAUGUCGGAAUUCCAGGGGGACCUGAUCAUGAAGGACCUCGACGCACCCCUUCCAGAGAACGUCAGGAUGCUCAAGGAAGAGGAUAUUGAGAGAAUAGAUGAAUUGGAGACCUCUGAGCAGUUUAAUGAUUGCUACAAGCAGUUCUUGCUUUACUAUGGAAAGGAUCUGCCUGACAUGCAUGAGCACAUGAAGGCCAAGAACAAAGAAAGGCAGAAUACAGUGCGCACUACAAAGGUUGUGAAGGUUCUAAGAAAGGUCAAGAGAAAGAAAAAGAAAAAGAAGAAGGGUUUCGUCAUAGAAGACGAUGAUGAAGACGAAGAGCAGGAGAAGGAGAAGGAACCUGAAAAGGAGAAGGAAAAUGAAGUGGAGAAAGACAAGGAAAAUGACGAAGAGGUAGACAAAGAGAAUGAAGCAGAAAAGGACAAACAGAGUGAUAAAGAGAAAGACUCAGAUGAAGAACAUGAAGAGGGUGAGCUAGACAAGGAAAAGGAAAAGGAAAAACAAAAGGAGAAAGAGAAAGAGAAGGAAGAUGGAGAAGACGAUGAUGAUUCUGAAGAGGAAGAAGAGGUGGAGACAGAAGUGGAAACUGAAGUGGAAGAGGAAGUGGAGGAAGAGCCACAGCAGGCUACCGAGGACACUGAUGCACUGAAGAAAGCAGUGAGGCGGCAUGAGUAUGAACUCCUAAGGAAAGCUGGCAUUGAGGCAUUGACCAAGAAGUUUGGUCUGACACCGGAACAGUUUGGUGAAAAUUUGCGCGACAACUACCAGAGAUUCGACUGUGAACAGUGCCAGGAGGACCCUCUCAAGGAGGCUGAGGAGCACAUCUCAAAGAUGUGUUCUACUCCUGAAAGAGUGUUGGAAGCUGCUGUGAGGAUGUUGGGUGCGUUAGAUGUGAACCCCUGUUCUCGUUACUGUGCGUGAGCCUAUUUUGACGAG